GGGGGGGAAUCUUACCUGGGCUGCACCGAUCACGGGGGGGAAUCUUACCUGGGCUGCACCGAUCACGGGGGGGAUCUGACAUGAGCCAAGUCCUUUCUGGACCAUCCACAAUGAUAGAAAUGGAACACAUCCAUCAGACCGAUAGUGACGCUGGAGAAGAUGACAGCAGUGUGGAGAUGGAGCUACCUGGUGCGAAGAGGAAGCGCAGAGGAAAUCUCCCAAAAGAGUCUGUGAAAAUUCUGCGUGACUGGUUAUAUGAGCAUAGACACAAUGCAUAUCCUUCUGAAGCUGAGAAGAGCAUCUUGUCAGGACAAACUCGCCUCACUGUGCUACAGAUUUGCAACUGGUUUAUCAAUGCUAGACGAAGAAUCCUGCCUGACAUGCUUCGCAAAGAUGGAAAAGACCCAAAUCAGUAUACAAUCUCUCGAAAAGGGAACAAAACCCCGGAGCCUCCUGCUCCUGUUUCUCAUACACCGAUGGAAAUCCCUACAAUGAAACCUCUUGAGCUCACAACAAUAACAAAAAUGGAGCACCAAACCAUUCCCGGUAUGCUGGUGGUCCCCCCUAUGACUGCUGCUGGCAUAGUACCUCUGCUUUACCCCUUUAGACACCCAAUUCAUGCUGUUGCUACAGUAAGUCAUGACAUCAUCAUGCCCAAGGUGGCCCCCGCCAUGAAAGCUGAAGAAGGUGGCAAACCGGCGGAGCUGCCCAACAAAUUUAUAGCGGAACUGCCCAACAAACGUACUUGCCACUCCACAGACGAGCUUGGACAAUCUCCUCCGUCUAUCUCUCCCCCUUGCUUCGUUGAAGGUGCAAAGAUCAGCAGAUUGCACAUCUUGGCGCACGUAGCCACACAGUUUAUCGCCGACAUGGAGGCCGAGGAGGCCAAGCGUAAAGCCGCUAGUAGUGCUCUCAGCUCUCUUCACAACUCAAAAACCUUAUGACCCGGUUAACAUGGACCAUAUAUAUUUCCGUGCCUCUUUACACAGCUACAAGAGUCCAUCUACUUCCUUGAGUAUCUUUUUUAUUUUAUUUUUUAUUUGCCUUUUUUUAUAUACAAGAAUUUAAUUUUGUUACCUCAAGGAAAGAGUGGGCCAAGAUGGAACAUAUUCACUUCAGUGUCUGCAAAGAACGCACAAACCCUCAUCUUAUGUGGGGGCUCUUAGCAGAUAGCCAAGAUAACAGGUCAUAUAGAUAUAUAUUUUUUUUUAAUUUUAUGGACUUCCAGUACUUACUGUUUACACUUCGCAUUGAAUCCCCGACUGCUUUUUCCGUAGUUGGAAUGGAUAUAAGGGCAAAGAGGCACCUUGGGACACUACAGGUGGGGUGGCCAUAUUAUGUGAACCCUUAGAGCAUAGUGUUCUGCAGAUAUGCUGCUACCCCCCCAUCUGCACUUUAUUGGUUAUUGGCAAUGUAUAAGAUCACUACGGCUGGCAUUCGGAGGAGGUCACUCGCACAGGACUAUAUACAACCUUCUCUGACUUGCUCAGCACCCUUGUCUUACAUUGCCCCCCGGUUACUUUUCAAGUGUUUGUUGGGGAGGAGGGGGGAUUAAGUUGUAUUAACUGAGCUUCCUUCUAGACACUGUCCUAUACAAUUAUUUUUUUCUUUUUCCCCUUUUGAAUUUUUUUGAUACUGUGAAUGUUAGUUGCUGUUAUAUAGCCACAAAAUGUUCAGUAUUUACUUGGCUGAUUUACUUUAUAACAAAAUUAUUAUUUUUUUUUUUUUCUUCUUAAAUUGAUAACUUUGUAUCACAGUGUGACUGUUGGCAGCCGCCAAAUGAAUUUUAGUAAGAAAGAAAUAGAAAAUACAGUAUUACUUUUAUAUAUAUAUAUGUGCCAUUUAUUUAGAGAUGUGCUGAGUAUACAUGCCUUUUUGUUGUUUAUAAGGGGUUAAAAUAUGAAAAUAAAUUUUAUACAGUGAUGUAUGCAAACUUAGAUUUUAAUGUAUUUGUUUUAUGCUGUAUGAAUACUUUCCUGGUAUAACCACUAGAUGGCACGAUAUUUACACAAAUUUCAAUAGGGUUUUUUUUUUU